AACUUCAUCCAAUAUGGCGUCAUCAGCUCCAGCAUUGCUCGGGGGUUCGUUGAAGGGAAAAGUUGCCCUCAUCACAGGAGCCAGCUCAGGAAUAGGAGCCGAGACUGCUCGUCAUUUUGCUUCCCUUGGAUGCCGAUUGGCGUUGACAGGACGUAACAUGGAAACGCUUGAGGAAGUAACCAAUGAAUGUAUUAGGAGAGGGCUCGACAAAGACAAGAUUUUAAUGAUCCAAGCAGACUUUGAGCUGGAAGCUGAUGUGAAGAGAACUGCAGAAGAAACCAUACAGAAAUUCAACCAGAUUGAUGUGCUAGUCAAUAAUGCAGGAAUGUAUGCAACAAACACAGUCGAGACCGUUACUUUAGAAUGUUUUGAUAAAAUCUUUGCAGUGAAUGUGAGAGCGCCCCUCCAGCUCACCCAGCUCCUAGCGCCACAUCUGAUCAAAACUAAAGGGACUGUGGUAAAUGUAUCAAGUGUGGUGGGCAAGGUAUCGAUGACUGACAACUUAGCCUAUAGUAUGUCUAAGACAGCGUUGGAUCAUAUGACAAGGUCUAUAGCUGAAGAACUAGCGCCCCAUGGAGUUCGGGUUAACGCAGUGAACCCUGGUAUUAUUACGACUCCUCUCUUCAAGAGGUCAUUCGGGGUGACUGAUGAGGCAGUAGCUCAGUUUUUAGAGGAAAUGAAGAAGCAUCAUGCCAUGCGAAGGACCGGUACCGUAGAUGAAGUAUCCCGGACGAUAGCAUUCCUCGCAUCCAACGACUCGUCUUUCACCACGGGAGAAACCGUUGGGACUGAAGGAGGGUUGCAUCUUUUGGUUACAAAAGUUCAGAUUUAGACCUUUUUACAGAUUUUAAUUAGCCCGGUCUAUCUCUCUAUCAUAUCCUUUUGUUGUAGUGUAUCUAUAGGGUGCAAAAGAGGCAAGUCCCUUGGGCGGCACUUGACGUGGGCGGAAAAACGCAAAUGAAGGAAAGAGAGAGACGGAAAAUAAUUCUUUAAAAAAAAAUUCGCCCAACUAAAGCCAAAAUGCAUAUUCAGGCUUUUGGGCCGGCCUUACUCGUUUGGGCUUAGAAAAUUUAAUUAAGGGAGCAUAUAAUAUCUCAUUCCAUUACUGGAUAUGUUGACGAACACCAACUUCUUGCCAACUGUCAAUAUGGAUUUCGAAAACAAUACUCAACCGAAUCCCAGCUAGUCAACACCUUGGAAGAAGUCACAAGAUCCUUAGACAAGAAGAUUCAGACAGAUGUCCUGAUACUCGACUUUUCCAAGGCAUUCGACACGGUAGCACAUCAACGCUUACUGAAGAAGAUUGCACACUAUGGAAUAAGAGAUGAAACCAAUGGAUAGAUCCAGACAUAGCUUACUACACGAACACAGAGAGUAGUAAUUGAUGGGGAAGCAUCGUCUACAGUUCACGUCGACUCGGGGGUACCCCAAGGUACAGUGUUAGAGCCGCUGAUGUUCCUGCUGUACAUCAACGACAUCAGAGACAACAUAAACUCUUCCAUUAAAAGCAAUUUGAAGGAAGGAAACCAAAA